CAAUUUUCAUUGAGUAAGAACCGCCAGGUCUUUCUCCUAGCGUCUGUCGUCCCUUGCGUCUGGAAGAGUGCCAGUCCAGUGUCAACCUUCUGUGAUUGACAUUCAUUUCUGAACAAGAUUCUACCGUAUUUUGCUAAAAAUGGCACAAGAGAAGGCAGCCAUCGCAAAAGAUGUCACUGAAUUGAUUGGAAAAACUCCGUUGGUAUAUCUCAACCAUAUUGUAGAUGGUUGCGUUGCCCGAAUUGCUGCAAAGCUGGAGAUGAUGGAACCUUGCUCGAGUGUCAAAGACAGGAUAGGAUAUAGCAUGAUUGCAGAUGCUGAGGAGAAGGGACUCAUUACACCGGGUGAAAGUGUUCUGAUUGAGCCUACUAGCGGAAACACUGGCAUAGGUCUGGCAUUCAUGGCUGCCGCUAAGGGUUAUAAACUUAUUAUAACCAUGCCUUCUUCAAUGAGUCUAGAAAGAAGAACGAUUCUUCGAGCUUUUGGGGCUGAGUUAGUUCUCACAGAUCCAGCCAAGGGUAUGAAAGGAGCUGUUCAGAAGGCAGAAGAAAUACUGACAAAGACUCCCAAUGCUUAUAUGCUUCAGCAGUUUGAAAAUCCUGCCAACCCAAAGAUCCAUUAUGAGACUACUGGACCAGAGAUCUGGAAGGGCUCUGGUGGAAAAGUCGAUGCUCUUGUUUCGGGGAUAGGGACAGGAGGAACAGUAACAGGUGCUGGGAGAUAUUUGAAAGAGCAGAAUCCUAAUGUUAAGCUAUAUGGCAUCGAACCAGUUGAAAGUCCAGUGCUGUCUGGGGGUAAACCUGGCCCACAUAAGAUCCAGGGAAUUGGUGCUGGCUUCAUCCCUGGUGUUUUGGAUGUUAAUAUGCUGGACGAAGUUAUCCAAAUAUCAAGUGAAGAAGCUAUUGAAACUGCUAAACUUCUUGCAUUGAAAGAGGGCUUAUUGGUGGGGAUAUCAUCAGGUGCUGCUGCCGCUGCUGCCUUGAAGAUUGCCAAGAGGCCAGAAAAUGCCGGAAAACUCAUUGUUGCGGUGUUCCCAAGUUUUGGAGAGCGUUAUCUAUCAUCCGUGCUUUUUGAGUCUGUGAAGCGGGAAGCAGAGAACAUGGCUUUUGAGAAAUGAGCUUAAGAAAAGGUUUUCUGAUCCUUGCUGCUUGGAUUUUGGGAGGCCUGCUAUUGGUUUACGAGUUAUAAUUUUGCCCUUUGAAUUUCUGUUUGUUGAUACUGGGAUGCAGCUCGGUUCUUUAUUAUGAAUAUUGUAGCUUGUCCUCUGGCUGGGUUCCUUGUCUAGUUUGCUGUUGCAUGUAAAUUUGCUACUGUUCAAUAAAUACCAGCAGCGUGUAUUUAUGAUUAAUGGAACGCGCAUAUGACUAUUUGAUAUUGUUAUGUUUCCAAGAAACUAGUUUUCUUUGCCUGUCA